AUGUCGCAUUCAACAACGCAGCGUUCAUAUUUAAAGGACAUUCAACAACUCUACCGGACGAUUGAGAAAUCGACAGAUGGUCAAGCUUCCAUACUCUCAGUCAAUGAAAUGUCAGUGAUGAUCUCGCUGCAUCCCAAAUCUGGUUACAACGCACACGCUGCCUUCACUGUGAAAAUAAAGUGUCCCGUGUCCUAUCCAAGGGAUAGUCCAGAAGUGACAUUCACCUCACCAAUCUUCCACCCCAACAUCGACAAUAAUUCGGGAGGCAUUUGUCUAAAUCUUCUCAAUGAAUGGCUUAGCUGUUACAGUCUUCUGGAUGUGGUGAAAUCUCUUCUCUACCUCAUCGACAACCCGAAUUUUGAUUCGGCAAACAACUCGUUUGCAUACCUGGAAAACAGAGACCUGUUGGCAAAGAAGACGAUGCGGGUGUUGGCAGGUCUACCGGUGAAUGGGGAACGGUAUGCACCGAACAAGGCAUGGUGCGAGUGGGCGGAGGCCCAUGGAUGCCUUCCAGUUGGUGAGGAAGAGGAUGACGAAGAGAAUGGCGAGGUGCCGGCGGUUUGUGUGGAUGUCGGACAAGGAUCAGACGAUGAGGAUGAUGGUGUCUCUGAUGUCCAUGCCUCUGCGUACAAAGACAAUGGCAAUGGAGAAUUCGAUGGUGGUGCAGCCGUGUUCGACGAGAAUGUUCUCUCAUUUGCAAAUAUGCGAUUUGUCGUAGCUUCGGAGAAGGACUCACAAGAUUCUCCGGCCUUUGAACGCGAAUACACAGACGGAUAUUUUGAGACCCAGCGUAUUCUUGUUUGGCCUCCGGCUGAUAGUCCCAAUACCAAGAUCCCUUCAGUGUUCUACUUCUUCGAGCCCCUCGGUGGUGAUUAUUAUUGGAUGAAAUUCCACGAUCUCUACAACACGCUGUUCACCGGCGAUGUGCUGCACUCGAUGCAAAACAAUCGUGAAUCGAGACAAUCAUCGAGUCUCUGUCCGUGGUUCAAUUUCAUUCACCUUGAUCAUUAUUCAUAUCAGUCGAGCGCCACCUCCUUCUUUGACCUUACUUUUUUCUUUUCUAAAAAAAUGUUAACGAGGCCAAUAUUGACCAACGACUUUUGUCCAUGGUCUCAUGUAGACGGAGGAGGUAUUUGGGGCAUCUUGGGUGGACUGUUUUGUGAGCGACGACGACGGCAACGAAGUUGGACUGAUAGCACAUCUGCGGAAAACAGUGUAAGUGGCCAUGAUAUGGCUUUCCUUUUCAACACUAGUUUUGAAGUGGAGGAUAGUGACGUUGACAUAGAAUGUAGAGUUGACGAAAAAGAAGAAGAAGUGAAAGAUGAAGAAGUGGUCGUAAAGGAGAUGGCAGAAUAUAAUGGAGCGGAGACACUAAAACAAGUAGACGCUAAUGAGGUGGAAGUGAAGGAGGAUGCGGAAAAGUUGGAAUCUAGUGGAGAAGCAGAUUCACUUCCGAAAGACCAUACGACAUGUGAUGUUGAUGGUGCUGGUCUAGUGCAGAGCAACACUGCCGAAGUUGAAAUUGAGGACGUUGCGGCUCUUGAUCAGGUCAAUGUUCCUGAAGACACGCAGUCAUUCAGGUCUUCAGAAACAUACGAAAGGGAAGAUCCAGAUUCGUAUAAAUUGGGCAACGAUGGAUACAUUACGUAUAACUACUUCCAUUAUGUGGAAAAAGUCAACAUGAAAAUGCAGCCACAGUGGCAGUGGUUUUUUCGUCAAACACGCUGGCCUUUUCGUUUCGCUCCACAGCAGAAAGUCGAUGUGUCUAUGCAUGAGAAUCGGAUCCCGCCAUGGCGAGCGAGUGUCGGGCGUCUGAUUUCGGAUGUCUACAAUUUUUGUGAAAGAAAUGGCCAAAUGCAAAAUCUGAUUCUUCUCGAUCCCAUGGUAAGUAAUGUCUGCUGCUCCUUGAUUCACCGAUGCGCUGUCACCGCUUUCUCCACUGCUAAAUCUGAUGCGACACUCCACGGAACCAAAAGCCCAUCUGAUUGGUGUUCUGUGGAUGACCCCAAUUGA